UUUAGUAUAAAUAUCCUGCCAACGGAUUUGUUGAUUUUUCUUUCAGUCACCUUUGGGAAAAUAUAUUUGCGCGAAUGAUGCGUACCAGACCUAUCAUGUGCUCCAUUCAGCUGUGAUUAGUUUGCUCCCUUUCGUAGAAGAACUAUUUUUUACUUUACGAACGAUCCAGUUUGAGUCUUCGAGCAGACAAACUUGAAAAUGGAUUUCUUGGUCGCAGUUUGUUCAGUGAAACUCAAAAAUUAUUAUUACGGUUUAUCAAUAUCCUGGUGUGCAUUGAACUAGCCAGUCUGGAUUAAGAAAGUGUGUAAUAAAAAGUGAUGAGGUCAUCUUAUCCUGUGCCUAAUGGGCAACAGGUCAUCGCCAGACCUCCUGACCUUUACGAUUACCAGGAAUACGAUGAAGAUGAGGUGUCCGAGUAUGAAGACUGUUGUUGCAUCACCAAUCUUAUUCGGAAUGAACUGAUUCAAGUGAUAGCCUUCAUCUGUGGACUUAUAGUCAUUCUGUUGAUGAUCCUCUGUCUGGCAUCUUCAAACUGGCUGACUGCAGAGAAGUUCCGUCAAGGACUGUGGGAGCAGUGCGUGGACGAAAAUGCCAAGCAGCCACUGCCCUUUGAGCUUAAGGUCAAGCCUGGAUGCUAUCCCGCCAGGAGAGUUGGAUACAUCCAGGCAGCUGCUGCUCUUUGCGUGAUCACCCUCCUGUUGGAUAUAGGGGCAACGGUCAUGACCGGAAUGGGAUUGUGCAGUAAAGAUCCUACUCGCAAAUACACUCUCUACAGAUUUGCUCUCUAUGUUAUGGUUGGAGCCUUGCUGUCAGUGUUGAUUGCUCUAGUGAUCUACCCAGCUUGCUUUGCUUCUGAAAUAGAGAGGAGCAAUAGAUCUGUCUGGGAGUUUGGAUGGGCCUAUGGCGUUGCAUGGGGGUGUGCUAUUUUCCUCUUUGGUGCCAUUCUGCUUCUGCUAUGCGACAAAGAAACGGAAGAGAUAUACCACAAAGAAAGGACCAUCACACACGAAAAUGGAGACGCAAGAGCGUAGGAGCACAGAAAGAGAUUACUUGUAAAUAUAAAUUGCAUGAAGGGUUGCCAACGUUGCAUAUUAUAUGAAUCAUAGAGUUUAUAUUCAUGUGUGUGUUGCAUAUUAUAUAUUUAUUUUGAUUUUGUUCUCAGUUCUGUAAAAAAAAUACGUGUAUAUAAGAGAGAUGAAAACUUCUUAGAGGAAAGAGAUUAUUUACAAAUUAUAGUAUCUCAUCACUAUUUGUUGUUUAUGAAUUAUUUAAGAAAAUCAGCAAAAUGAUAUGAUGCAUUUUUGAAAUUGAGAUUUUAAUUGUUUUUUAAAUCAAUUGUAUUGAAUGUAUAGUAACUAUGUUUUAAAAAUUGGAGAUGUUGUUAAGAUCAAAAGCGUUUUUUAAAUCGAAUAGUAAAAUAAUCAGAAAAUUCAUCUGACCAAGAACUCAACCAGUUGGGAAAUAAAUUUUUCUAGUUAUAAAUCUGACACCUUUCCAGAUUGAUACCUUUGGUUCAUUGAUAAAAUUAAGAAAUUUACUGAUACAAUAAAAUUAUUUCAAUAUUGUAAGCAGUUUUAUUGUACGUAGUUCAUUAAAAUCAUCUGUGCAUAAAAUACAAAUUUAAUUUGUUAUAGAUAUUUCAAAAUUGUAAGCUCUUAUUAACUUCUUUAAAACAUUUUUGUUUUCAAUGUUUGCCAAAAAAUUAAGACUUUCAUUUGAAAUUCUGCACUUAGUUUAUUAAAAAUAUAAGUGCAAAAUAUGAAUUCAUUAAAAUUAUUAAUUGUUCUUAAUAUCAGUUUUUGAAUUUUUUGUUAAAACAAAAAUCUUUGAGGCCACAGAAUAGAGAACUGAUUAUUUUUUAUGGAAUUCAUUAGUGAUUUUGAUAGGAAAUUGCUGUAAUAUAUCUUCAUUUAUUUUGAAAAGUAUGAUUAUAGUAAAUAAUUUAUUGUUAAGGUAAAAAAUUCUUAUACAUAAAAACUUUUAUAAAUUUUAGUUACGAGGUGUUAUUUACGUAUGAAUUUGUUUGACUCAUAUAAAAUUAUCUAACGAACUAAGUCUCUUUCAGUCAGAAAAAAAAAUCCUAUUUGAAAAUUACAAUCACUGUUAUUAAGAAAAACUUGGGAAAUUUUUUUAAAAAGUGGGUUGGCUUAUAUAAAUUAUCUUGGCUUGAAAUCUGAAAUUUAUAGAUACAUACCAGGGGUCUGUUUAGAAGGAAUUUGGGUCCAUUAACGGUCCCUUCACAAAAUAUCUUUUCAUAAAAACGGACCCUUCACAAAAUGAUUUUUCUUUUAAUCAGACCCUUCGCAAAUCUGUUUAUCUUCAUUAUUGUUUUGUUAAUCAAAUAAACCCUUCCCAGGGGGGAAAACAACAAAGAUGGAUGUAAAUGAAUUAAGUUUUGUCUUCGGCAGAUGCUUCGUUCAUUAUUCGUCCAAAAUUAAUAUUCUGCGUUCAGCAGUAUAGGCUAAAUACCAAAUAUUUGUAUGUUGCAUCUCUAAUUUAGAAGCAGCAAUUUCUGUUUAUUUUUGAAAAUUUAAUUUUUUUAAAAUUUUAAUUUUACAGUGUUGUGCAUAAUCUUGUAUCUAAUUAAAAUUUAAAAACUUCUUGAAAAAGUUUUUUGCAAUAACUGUACCCUAUUUGCACAAAUUCAUAAAAGCAGGACACUGGUUGAAAGAAUGUGACUUAACGUUUAUUUUAUAUUCACAAAUUGUGAGUAAUUUUUUCAAAAUUUUUCAAAAACAGGACCUUUCACAAAAUGUCUCGACAGCCCCGUGCAUACUAUCUAUGCUGGGAUUGAUGAUUAAAACUUUUAAAUCUUGAGUUAUCUUAUUCUGGUCAUAUUUGAGCAUUUUUGGUGCUAUAUGUUUUAUUUACUAAGUUUUAGUUUGUGAACGUUGGCAACCCACUUUCUUCUCUAAGAGAAAUCUUGUCGUCCAUCCAACAAAGCAGCCAUCUCUAAACCUGUUUUAACCUCUUCUUAACCUGAAACUGAUCUCUCUCUCACUAAUCGUUGCUGCAUCCAAGCUUUUUUUAGAGAUUACAUUGAACUAUUGGAAUGUUUAUUUUUUUUAUUGCUUGACUUACUAUGUGAUUUAAGCAUUAUCACUGUUAUAGCUGAUGUCAUGAAAAAAAAGUUUUGUUUCAAAUCAUUUUCAUUGUUAAUUGUUUGUAAUUUUUUGUUAGUUUCUCUUCUUUUAUAGUAGUAAAAAUAAAUGAUAAGACUUUUUUCUUAUUAUAUAUUUAAAAUUUAAUGAACCAAUGCUGUUAUAUAAGCAGCAUGGCACUUUAACUUAUUGGAUUAACUAUUUUGCGUAUGAUGGCUAAAAUCAUUAAAAUUUUAUUUAUGCUUAUUGUUGUCAUAUUUGCAAUCAAUUUCAUUGUAAUUAAUAUUAUAAUUAAUCCUUAUAAUUACAUCUGAAAGUAAACUUGAAGUAUUUCGAGACCAUUACGGGUUAGUUGUUAUUUGAUGUGAUGUUAAAGAGGGUUAGGUAAUUCUUCAUGCAACAGAAAAGUCAGUUUUAAAAUUUUUUUUCUCCAUUGGGACAAAAUAAAUAAAAAUGCUAAAGUUAUUAUACAGCUUGUGAACCAUAAAAAUAAAUUUUUCCAAAAUCAUUCAAAAUGGCAGCUAUAUAGCUUUUCUUCUAUUAAGUCUGGACUAGUAGCAACUAACAUUUUUGAAUUGGUAUGAUAAACAUUUAUAUUAUUCUAGCUGUAAAAACAUGAUACAUGUGUAUAGUUAUGAAGACAAAAUUUAAAGGAAUUGUGCAUUUAAAAAAAAAUAUCACAAUUCCCCAAAAAAUAUUUCCAGAAAACUUUUAAUGAUGAAAAACUUGAAAUAAAUUUAAAAAUCCUAUUUUUGUGAUGAUUGCAAUUUUAAAUUUGAAGUCAAUCUGAGAAGAGUUGCUUCAGUUGUGUUAGUUUUCAUUCUCAAACUUUUGAGUAUAUUUAAGGAUUAAAAUUCCUUGCACCUUUCAAGCAAAUAAAGAAAAGAAAGCCCCUUUAAAUUUAGAUUGAUACUUAACAAGUUGAAACUGUGCAUGUAUUUUAUUUAAACAGUAUCGUGAGUUACUUUUUGUUAUUUCAUUUUUAAAUGUAAAAAUACACUCUGAAACAUCUUGGAUGCAAUUAACAGGCUUGUUGUGCUGCAGCAACAGCAUUCUGCUUUUAAAGAUACAUUUAGAUAGAUAAUAAUAAAUCAUUGUGUUGUCUCUUAUCUGUGAAUAUCGAAAAAGCACUGCAGUUUAAAAUGAAUGUUUAAUUUUCAGAUUAACAAACAAGUUAUUUGUAAUUUUCACUUAAAGCCACAUUGAAAAAGGUGGCCUGUGCCUUGUAUAAAUGUUUUUGCCAUGUGUCUCUUGUCCCCACUUAUUGGUGUCCGUGUUUUUCUUUUCCUUAGAAGGUUGUAAAAGGGAAUGCAGUUUGUUCAAAGUAACUUGGUUUUAAUGAUCCCUGUGUGCAGGAAUGCCACCGGCUGUAGACUUUCCAUGAUUUAAACAAAUCUUAGUUUCUGUUGAGACACAAUUGUGUGAUAGUUAGCACUGAGCUGUCAUUUUAUUUUUUUAGCUGGCAUUGAACAGCUGACUUAAGGGUGCAGAAAAUUCUCAGUGAAUAGUAUUUUCCCAUAACUCAAACUGACUGUGGUCAGCAAGCAAGUGGGGGACCACUUUGAUCAGCCUGCGUAGGGAUCGAGGGUGCGCAGUAUCGGUCCUCGUUAAACUGUUCUACCAUGAAGUGCUCGACUUCACGCGCAGGUCGUCAGGCUACUUGAGCAGGGGAGCCGUCCUCUCUACAGGGGAUUAAAAUUGAGAUGGCAUUUCUUCGGAUCAUCCUCGGGGAAGUUUACUUGACUGUCGCUGAUAGCCCAUUGUGCAGCUCUAGUGCAACAUAAAUAAAGUACCUACCUACUGAAACUUUUAUUUUAUAUCCAUCGUUGAACACCCAGUUGAACAUCGUUCAACGACCCAGUUUUUGGGUAUAUGACUACUCCAUAGCCUUAUAAUUUUGAACCAAUCCAGAAGACAAAGAAACUCCUUGAUCAGUUCCCCCAGAGGUAUGAUUUGUUCUAUCAUAACUUUGUAAUAUUUUUCUCAACCCAGAAAUAAAAAAUAAAAACUCUUGGAUCAAGCAUUGAAUUAAACUAGCCUUUGAGCAGAACAUUUUGAUGGCACUAACUCCCAUUUUUAUUAAAUCGAGUGAGGAAAUCCACGUAAACUUUCCACGGUUAGCCAGACAGCAAAGACUCCUAAUCCAUCUAUCACUGAGGAUAUUUUAUGUCAGCAUUGCAGUCAGUGCGAGUCAAGAUUAGUAUUUUUUUCACUGAGCUGUCAUUGUGAAGUUCUACUCCUGAGGGCAGCUUAAAGCUCUUCGCAUUGGUGCAUACCAGCGCCUGUCCGGAAGAUGGCUUCAAACUAAAUUCUAUUGUAGUCACUAUGAAUGGCAUAGAAGACGUGAUAAAAUAAUUCCGUAUAAUUAAUUCCUCAAAAGCAUGAUGAGAAAACUGGUUCAAGUGCCCACAGUAUUUAUAUACAGGGGUUGAAAUCAAGAAAAUUUAGUCAUGGUUCAGAAGGGGGUGCCAGUAACUAAAAGAUAUUUAAAGUUUGUAUAUAUGUUCAAUGUUUGGUUUCUAUUACAUUAUUUUUAAAGAAAAGUUAAAGUGAAUUUAAAAGAAAAGUUACAAUACGAAGAAUGUAACGAUUAUAGCGAAAUGUUGGGACAGUAAUACAGACGAAAACAUAACAUCGAAACAGCAUGCCAUCCCUUAACAUCGAUUGUUAACCGAGGGAAUCACUGGUAAUUAUUUAAUAUGGAAUAUAAAUUCCUUUAAUAUAAUGCUAGGAAAAUUCUAUGUGAAACUAGAGAAAAAUAUUUAGUUUAGUACUACUGGUUGGCAUCCCUGCUUUUUGCAUAUUUUUAUUUAAUUUAUCUGAAUACAUCGAUCCUAAAAUAUUAUAAUUAUUUACCAAAUUACAUCCUGGUUUCUUUAGUUUUAUACAGUCAGUGGUUGGUUAAUGUGUAUUUUAUGUGAAUAGUCUUCUCUGUUAGACUUAAGUGCAGUGUUAUUUUUUCUUUUGUUAAAUUAUUUAAAUAAAUAUUAUUUUUUUAAAUAUUCUUCUGAAAAGGAAUGUGGGUAUUUAAUCCAUAACUCAUGCUGUUUGCUACAUUAAAACAACAAAAUAUGUAAUUAAAAUAUUUUAAUUAUUUAUCAACUAAUGAAAGUUUAAAUAUACUCAGUCAUUAAAUGAGUUAGAAAAAAAAAAUCAAAGUCUAAUGAGCCAAAUUUUGUUGUGUAAAUAUGAAAUGUUAGUGAUUUUUAUUUAUACUUUAUUAAUAUUAGUAAUGUAAGUAAUGUGUGCUGAAAUAGAAAGCUUUAAACUAUAUCAUAGUGGUGGACAAACUUAAUGGAUGUGUAUAAAAAGUAAAAAAUGUUGAACAAUAUGUAUUUCUGGAUUUUUUAAAAUUUUUAUUUAUAAUGAUUUAAUUAUCAGAAUUUUUGGUAAAUCACUUAUUUGAGAGAGCUUGACUUGGCAAAAAAGUAAAAAAUAAAUGAGCAAUAUGUAUUUCUAGAUUUUUUGCUAAAGUCAGUUAUGAGUAGAUGUUAAUUAUGAGAAUUUCUGUUAAAUAAUGUAGUUGCAGUAGAAUGAUUUCUGUGUCACUGAUAUAAUUUUUUUUUCUUUUAAGUAAAAAUGUUUCAACAAUAUGUUUUACUAGAGUUUUGCUACAUUUAUGAGUUACUGCAUUUAUAAGUUUUGCUGCAUUUAUAAUGUUAAUUAUCAAUAUUUUUGCUAAAGUUAGUGAGCUCAGUUAUGAGUAAAUGCUAAUUAUCCAAAUUUUUAUUGAAUCACAAAAUAACAUAGUUGCAAAAGUCUGACUUCCAUGUCUCUGAAAUAACAUCACAAAAAAAAACUAAAAAAAAGAUGCAAUUU